AGUGGUGAAGAGAUCAGAGUGCAUUGCAAUGGGUGCCCUGCCCCUCCAAAACACAUCUACUUAUUGAGAACUCGCCACAGGACACUAGAGAGGAGAAGAGAGCAGCUGAAGAGUAAAAGGAUGUUUUCGCUGUUGUGGAGGAUCCUGUUGGAGUCGUUGCUGGUUUGGUGGAUGUUUGAAGGGGUUAUGAGGUGUGUGUUUAGUAAGGAGCUAAAAUCGCCCAUCAGUAGGGUGAAGCCCAUGUCACCAUCCGAUUUCUUGGAUAAACUAAUGGGGAAAACAUCUGGAUAUGAUGCUCGAAUCAGACCCAAAUUUAAAGGUCCUCCUGUAAAUGUCACCUGCAACAUAUUCAUCAACAGCUUUGGCUCCAUCACAGAGACCACCAUGGACUAUCGGCUGAAUGUUUUUCUACGGCAGCAGUGGAAUGACCCAAGGCUGGCUUAUAAAGAGUAUCCAGAUGAUUCCCUGGAUCUGGAUCCAUCCAUGCUGGACUCCAUCUGGAAGCCAGACUUGUUCUUUGCCAAUGAGAAAGGCGCCAAUUUCCACGAGGUCACCACUGACAACAAACUGCUGAGGAUUUUCCAGAAUGGAAAUGUGCUAUACAGCAUCAGACUAACUCUGAUUCUGUCGUGUCCUAUGGAUCUGAAAAAUUUUCCAAUGGACAUACAGACCUGCACUAUGCAGUUAGAAAGCUUUGGCUACACUAUGAAUGAUCUGAUAUUUCAGUGGUUGGAUGAAGGCCCAGUGCAAGUGGCUGAUGACCUUAUGCUGCCCCAGUUUGUCCUGAAGGAGGAAAAAGAUCUGGGAUACUGUACAAAACACUACAACACUGGUAAGUUCACUUGUAUAGAAGUGAAGUUUCAUCUGGAAAGGCAGAUGGGUUACUACCUGAUCCAGAUGUACAUCCCCAGCCUUCUAACAGUUAUCCUGUCAUGGGUCUCUUUCUGGAUCAACAUGGAUGCUGCCCCGGCCCGUGUAGGGCUAGGAAUCACUACAGUUCUCACCAUGACAACACAGAGCUCUGGAUCCAGAGCAUCACUGCCUAAGGUGUCCUAUGUGAAGGCCAUUGAUAUCUGGAUGGCAGUGUGCUUGCUAUUUGUCUUUGCGGCUUUGCUGGAGUAUGCAGCUGUUAACUUUGUCUCUCGGCAACAAAAAGAAUUCUUCAGACUCAGGAGAAAACUGCGGGAGGAACAAUGCUGCAGAGCUGCCUCUGGUCAGACUGGAGGCACGGAGAUGAAAAAUAAAAGCAUCAACGUUAUGGGGAGCACUCCAUGCAUAAAUGCACAACGCCAAGGCCAAUGUUGCGCUUGUGCACAGGAAGAGCAGUUAGCCUCGCAGAAUCAGGACUUGUUCUUCAUGUCUUACGGGAAGGACACCUGUCUUUCUGGGGAUGGGCCUCUUUCUGAGGCUGCCGCCAUGUUUGCAGGUCUGCCCCCUGGCCACAUCCUGUUUGAUAUCCGCCGGCGCUUUGUGGAACGAGCAAAACGGAUCGACACCAUCUCACGAGCUGUCUUUCCUCUCAGUUUCCUCGUUUUCAACGUGUUCUACUGGUUCACGUACAAAGUGCUUAGACAUGAGGACAUUCACCCUGCCCUGCAACCUUGAGAUUAUGUGACCCUAAUUUGACCUUUUGACCAUUCUGUGAGCCAGUUUAAGUUCAGUGUGAGGAUGAGACCAGAGUUUUCCUGCCCCUGUCAAGGACAUUUAAAAUCAAACUGGUCUUAGAAAAAGACAGAGGUGCAAUACACAUUCUCUCUCUCUGCAUGAGUGAGCUUAUAUGUAUGUGUCUAAGACCACAUACAUUUUACAAAAAGGCUUUGUGGACCUUUAGUUUAUACUGUAUGUAGAAUGACUGAAUCACUCUGGCCUUUGGUCUCCAGAGAUGCAAACACAUUCUUGCUGUGCAAUAAAAAAGUAGCAGGCCAGAGUUUGGGUGGAAAAUUACAGAAUAGUUUACUAGAGAUACAACUCAUUUUCUAUUUUGGUUUAGGAUUUUUUUUUAAGCAUUUUUACUUUAGCUCUGAGCACCUGUG